CUACCUUUGUUUGUUCCCAUUGUGUUCCUGUUGGGCGAUCUCUUCGUUCUAAUUUUGACGAUUUAUCAACAGCCGAGGGAAUCGCUUUCAAACAUUAUUUUGAUCCUGUCGGCAAUCCCCAUUUACAUUAUCGGAAUCGGUUGGAAGCGCAAGCCCAAGUCCUGGAUCCGACUCAUGCGUACGUCAUAA